AUUUUUCCCGUAGCCCGACUCGGACAGAUCCCUGGGAGUCCCGCAACUCCUGGGCUCCUUGGCUUGUGACUGUGGGUCCCACCAGGCCCACCCUCCACACAUCGCUUGGGGCCCUCUGUGGCCCCGCGUCCUCUGCCCGCCGGACGAGGGCCACAGAUUGCUCUGUUGCCUUUCGCAUCAUUCCAGUUCCGUGCACCUCCAGCUCUUCUAAGACAAGAUGCCAUCGGGCUUCCAACAGAUCGGCUCUGAAGAUGGGGAACCCCCUCAGCAACGAGUGACUGGGACCCUGGUCCUCGCCGUCUUCUCAGCUGUGCUCGGCUCCCUGCAGUUUGGCUACAACAUUGGGGUCAUCAAUGCCCCACAGAAGGUGAUUGAACAGAGCUACAAUGCAACAUGGCUGGGGAGGCAGGGGCCUGAGGGACCUGGCUCCAUCCCGCCAGGCACCCUCACCACUCUCUGGGCUCUCUCUGUGGCCAUCUUUUCUGUGGGCGGUAUGAUUUCCUCCUUCCUCGUUGGCAUCAUCUCUCAGUGGCUGGGAAGGAAAAGGGCUAUGCUGGCCAAUAAUGUCCUGGCGGUGCUAGGGGGCACACUCAUGGGCCUGGCCAAUGCCUCUGCCUCCUAUGAGGUACUCAUUCUUGGACGGUUCCUCAUUGGCGCCUACUCAGGGCUAACAUCAGGACUGGUGCCCAUGUACGUGGGGGAGAUCGCCCCCACUCACCUUCGGGGUGCGCUGGGGACACUUAACCAACUGGCCAUUGUCAUUGGCAUUCUGAUCGCCCAGGUGCUGGGCUUGGAGUCCAUGCUGGGCACUGCCACCCUAUGGCCACUGCUCCUGGGCAUCACAGUGCUCCCUGCCCUCCUGCAGCUGGUCCUGUUGCCCUUCUGCCCCGAAAGCCCCCGCUACCUCUACAUCAUCCGGAACCUGGAGGGGCCUGCCCGAAAGAGUCUGAAGCGCUUGACAGGCUGGGCUGAUGUGUCUGAUGUACUGGCUGAGCUGAAGGAUGAGAAGCGGAAGCUGGAGCGUGAGCGGCCAUUGUCUUUGCUCCAGCUCCUGGGCAGCCGCACCCACCGGCAGCCCCUGGUCAUUGCAGUUGUGCUUCAGCUGAGCCAGCAGCUCUCAGGCAUCAAUGCUGUUUUCUAUUAUUCAACCAGCAUCUUCGAGUCGGCAGGGGUGGGCCAGCCAGCCUAUGCCACCAUAGGAGCUGGUGUGGUCAACACUGUCUUCACCUUGGUCUCGGUGCUCUUGGUGGAGAGGGCUGGGCGUCGGACACUACAUCUCCUGGGCCUGGCAGGCAUGUGUGGCUGUGCCAUCUUGAUGACUGUGGCUCUGCUCCUGCUGGAGCGGGUUCCAGCCAUGAGCUAUGUCUCCAUUGUGGCCAUUUUUGGCUUUGUGGCAUUCUUUGAGAUUGGCCCCGGCCCCAUCCCAUGGUUCAUCGUGGCCGAGCUCUUCAGCCAGGGACCCCGGCCUGCAGCAAUGGCUGUGGCUGGUUUCUGCAACUGGACGUGCAACUUCAUCGUUGGCAUGGGUUUCCAGUAUGUUGCGGAGGCAAUGGGUCCCUACGUCUUCCUUCUAUUUGCGGUCCUCCUGCUUGGCUUCUUCAUCUUCACCUUCUUAAAAGUGCCUGAAACCCGAGGCCGGACAUUCGACCAGAUCUCAGCUGCCUUCCGCCGGACACCCUCUCUUUUAGAGCAGGAGGUGAAACCCAGCACAGAACUUGAGUACUUAGGGCCAGAUGAGAAUGACUGAGGCACAAGGUUGAGUGGGAGAACAAGCUUCUCCACCUCCCAGAGCCCCCUCCUUUCCUCUGCAGCACUUUAACCCUCUCUUCCCCAUUACUUCCAGGGUGGAGAAAAAACCUGCAGUCUGGUAGAAUUGGGAAGCUAGAGGGAAGGGUGGUCUGAGCACCCCCUCAUUCCCCUCGUGUGACUCUCUUGGAUUAUUUAUGUGUUGUGGUUAGCCCGUGGCCAUUGGAAUGGACCACUCUUCUCCCUCUUCCCUGCUGCCCGCACCUAGACUCAGCUCCAGAAUACUUUCAUCCCCUUUAGAGAAGGGGGAUUGCAGGAGGGGAGGUACUAGCCUGACUUCCUCAGUGGGACAGACAGAAACAGGACGUGAGAUUAAGAAGUCAAGUUUCCCACCACCUUUGACUCCUUCCACCAUCUGGCAUUUUUACCGAAUUCUUGGCACAUAGACUGGGUGAAGGGGGUUCUGUCUUGACCUCUCCAGGGCAAAGGACACACUCUCCCAAAGUCUAGUCUCUUCUCCCUCCCUGCAGGCUCAGCCUUCCAAGGCAAGAGCAAACACAACAGUUAUCUACCCACAUGUGGCAAGAAGGAACAGCAGGUACCCACAUCUAGCCUUGGAACCCUAUCCCACUUACUCCUCAAGGCUGCCAAGUGGGGGCCCCUCUGUUCCUUUGCUCCCAUCCUGGAUCAUCAUGACAGGCUUUUGACCAACUAAGGGCAACAGGGGACUUGAAAGGCUGCCUGUAAACACUGGCUGAGAGGAGUCUUUCAUUAUUUUUGUAUAUGCCUGAAGAAGGAAUAGGGAGCAGAAACCAAAGAGCUGCUGUAUUAUAAAUGUGUAUAUAUAGAUUCAUCUAUAAAGUCAGUAUAUGAAGACAAGUGUUCUGUCAUGGAGGCACUGGAGGGUGGGCUGACACAGGGACCACUAUUCCCUUGCCUGCUCCCCAUCCUCCUUAUCUGUCCUGCCUGGGCACGAGGCCUCAGAAUCUUUUAGACCUUUUUUCCUUCCACCCCACUUCCAUUUCUACUUAUUGCUUUAAUAGCAAAUGUUCAAUAAACUGUAGCCACAAGCACCUGGGCACUACAGGGGAGGUGACAUCCCUAUUUGACAGAUGGGGACAGUGAAUCUCAGUAAUGAUGGCACUCAUCAAAGCUGCACAGCUAUGGACACUUGAGCAAGGAGUCAAGGCCAGGCCCUGCACACUGCACAAGGAGGGGCCUUCCCCUCUGGUUCUGAAGUUAGUUACCAGAGAUCCCUGAUUCUCUAAAACAGAAAAGAGGCAGAGACCAAGACACCAGGAAAGCCUGUUUUUGUUUUUACUGGAGGCUCAGGUGGCACAUGACAGUUCAUAAAAUGGCUUCAGAGGUAGAGGGUCAAGGGGAAACAAAAAAUAAAUUGGGAUGGGAAAGAAAAACAACCAGGAGGAGGUAAGAGCUGGCUGGUUCCUUCUCAGCCUCACUUAGGGGAGAGUGAGUUGAUGCCUCUGAACAAUAAGAAUGGAGACCUUCCUUCAACCCGUGAUAGGGGAGAGGGAAGAGGAAAAAAAAAAAAAAAAGUGCUGUUGCUUUGGCCCUCCUGAGUCUCAAGGAUAAAGGGGAAAGCCGGUGUUUUGAUGUCAUGAAUUAUGGGAAAGGGUGCAGGGGAGUGUUGGGUAGGGUCAGUUGGAAAAACUGGCAGAUACCUAAGAGAGCAAAAGAAAUGGAUGAAUCAUAAAGGAUGAUAACUUAUCAUCACAACCCAGUCCCUGGCCUUCUCAGCCACCCGCCCUAAGAGGAGCAGUGGCUCACCAGAUGGUAGCUCUGGGUGUCCUUUGAGUUGGAAUCACUCCAGUAUGGUGUGGGGGGGGUCCCCACUGUUGAUGGGGGCUGAGGUCUAGAGGGAACAGCAGUGGCCAAUUGAGACCCUUUUUUUUUUUU